AAUUUAGGCAGUAAGCCAAAUAUACAUCAUUUCAAUCGUUUCUUAUGAUCUUUUAUCAUGGCACACCGUACAUAGCAGAUUCGUGGAGUUAAAAAAUAACUCAAACGGGCUGAAUCGUGCCAAAGUCAACAAUAAGAAACAAUCGAUGAUAGUCAACUGGAUUGGGGAUAGGUCGAUGCAGUUCCUGCUUUCGGGAGAGUUUUUCAAAGCCCAGUGAUUAUUUUGUCACAGGUUUUUACAUCCAGAACAUAAAAUCAUAACAUCGCCGCGCCAAUGCAUUAUGAAAUGUCGAGGGAAGACCCCAACGUUGGGCGGAACCAAAGGGAGCCGCCCUUACACGGUGAGCAUUUCAUGGUUCAUGGGGUAAAGGCACGAUGUUGGAGCAUUCCAGUUUUUGAAGGACUUACACAGAGGCCCAUAGAACCAUUUUCGACAAUGGACGUGGUACUGGAUCUAUGCGAUAAUUACGUAUUGACGCCAUACGUGUACCCAGAAUCAUGGAAAGAGGAUGACAUAGUGCGUCAAUUCAUCUCACUGUUUUUCAUUACUGACAUCGGAGGGACGCUCGUUUACCUGAUUCCAGCCACCUUCAGCUACUUCUUCAUAUUUGAUCAUAAACUUAAGCAGCAUCCAUUGUUUUUAAAGGUAAGGCAAGUGAAAACUGUGUAUACGAUAAUCGAUCGUUGA